GGGAGGAAGUUUCCAUCUUGCCUUCUUAUUCUGCCAUCUUCAACCCAAUAAUCUGAUGUGGAAUUGAAAUGAAAUUUCAUAGAGAUAAAUUCCUAUAUGAUACAACUCUUUAAAAAUUCAGAGCUGUAGAUAUAAAGUGCCAGUUAAUGAGAGGAACCUUGGAUAUCAUCUGUUCCUACCCUGUAUACAGAUGAAGAAAUUGAGGCUCAGAGAGGUCAGCUACCAGUCUAUCCAUAUGGGGAUGGGGAAGUCUUGGCAUUGUCCUUUCUCUUAUAACGUUUGGACCCUUUGUAAUACUGUAUUUGGCAUUUUAUAUCCUCUGCUUUGUGGGGGUUUUGUGGUUACUCUCCUAUUUGGGAAAACAAACUCAGAGAAGUACCUAGAGCAGUGUGAACACUCUUUUCUUCCUCCAACAUCAACUGGGAUUCCUAAGUGCUUAGAAGAAAUGAAACGGGAAGCCAGGACUAUAAAGAUUGAUAGAAGAUUGACAGGUGCCAAUAUAAUUGAUGAGCCUCUUCAGCAAGUUAUCCAGUUUUCCUUGCGGGAUUAUGUCCAGUAUUGGUAUUAUACACUAAGUGAUGAUGAAUCUUUUCUUCUUGAAAUUAGACAGACUCUUCAAAAUGCACUCAUUCAGUUUGCUACCAGGUCAAAAGAAAUAGACUGGCAGCCUUAUUUUACUACACGCAUUGUAGAUGAUUUUGGCACACACCUACGAGUAUUCAGAAAGGCUCAACAGAAAAUAACAGAGAAAGAUGAUCAAGUAAAAGGUACAGCAGAAGAUCUCGUAGAUACCUUCUUUGAAGUUGAAGUUGAGAUGGAGAAGGGCAUUUGUCGUGAUCUAGUGUGCACUUCUCCCAAAGAUGAAGAAGGAUUCCUAAGGGAUUUGUGUGAGGUCUUACUGUAUUUAUUGCUACCUCCUGGAGAUUUCCAGAACAAGAUCAUGCGAUACUUUGUCAGGGAAAUCCUUGCACGAGGAAUUCUUCUUCCAUUAAUAAAUCAACUCAGUGAUCCUGAUUAUAUUAAUCAAUAUAUCAUAUGGAUGAUCCGUGAUUCUAAUUGCAACUAUGAGGCCUUUAUGAACAUUAUUAAAUUGAGUGACAAUAUGGGAGAACUAGAAGCAGUCAGAGAUAAGGCAGCGGAAGAAUUACAGUAUCUUCGGUCUCUAGACACAGCUGGUGAUGAUAUCAACACUAUCAAAAAUCAAAUAAAUAGCUUAUUAUUUGUAAAGAAAGUCUGUGAUUCAAGAAUACAGCGGUUGCAGUCAGGCAAGGAAAUAAAUACUGUGAAACUGGCAGCCAACUUUGGGAAACUUUGCACAGUCCCCCUGGACAGCAUUCUUGUAGACAAUGUUGCACUACAAUUUUUUAUGGAUUACAUGCAGCAAACUGGAGGUCAAGCACAUCUCUUCUUCUGGAUGACAGUGGAAGGUUACCGAGUUACAGCCCAACAGCAGCUAGAAGUUUUAUUAAGUCAUCGGAAAGAUGGAAAACAUCAAAGCAACCAAACCAAAGGUCUUUUAAGAGCAGCUGCUGUUGGAAUUUAUGAUCAGUAUCUUUCAGAAAAGGCCUCUCCAAGAGUUAUUGUUGAUGAUUAUUUAGUAGCAAAAUUAGCAGAUACUUUGAAUCAUGAAGAUCCAACUCCUGAAAUCUUUGAUGACAUUCAAAGAAAGGUAUAUGAAUUGAUGCUACGAGAUGAAAGAUUUUAUCCUUCCUUCAGACAGAAUGCACUUUAUGUGCGCAUGUUAGCUGAGCUGGAUAUGUUAAAAGAUCCUAGUUUCAGAGGAUCAGAUGAUGGGGAUGGAGAAUCUUUUAAUGGGUCUCCUACAGGAAGUAUAAAUUUGUCUUUAGAUGACCUUUCAAAUGUCUCUUCAGAUGACUCAGUACAACUUCAUGCAUACAUUUCAGACACUGGCGUUUGUAAUGAUCAUGGCAAGACAUACGCAUUAUAUGCCAUCACUGUGCACCGGCGCAGUCUGAACAGUGAGGAGAUGUGGAAAACCUAUCGUCGUUACAGUGACUUCCAUGACUUCCACAUGAGAAUCACUGAACAGUUUGAAAAUCUGUCAAGCAUAUUAAAGCUUCCUGGUAAAAAGACUUUUAAUAAUAUGGACAGAGAUUUUUUGGAAAAGAGAAAGAAAGAUCUAAAUGCAUAUUUGCAGUUACUGUUAACUCCUGAAAUGAUGAAAGCAUUUCCAGCUUUGCCUCACUAUGUGUAUGAUUUCCUUGAGAACAAAGCCUACAGUAAAGGGAAAGGAGAUUUUGCUCGCAAGAUGGACACUUUUGUAAAUCCACUUCGAAAUUCUAUGAGGAAUGUUUCAAAUGCAGUUAAAUCCCUUCCUGAUAGCUUGGCAGAGGGAAUGACUAAAAUGUCGGACAACAUGGGAAAAAUGUCAGAACGAUUAGGUCAAGACAUAAAGCAAUCAUUUUUCAAGGUGCCACCUUUAAUUCCGAAGACUGAUUCUGAUCCUGAACAUUGUCGAGUCUCAGCUCAACUUGAUGAUACUGUGGAUGACAAUAUUCCACUCAGAGUGAUGCUGCUUCUCAUGGAUGAAGUAUUCGACUUAAAAGAGAGAAAUCAGUGGUUGCGAAGGAACAUAAAAAACCUUCUUCAACAGCUGAUAAGAGCCACCUAUGGUGAUACUAUUAAUAGAAAAAUAGUUGACCAUGUUGAUUGGAUGACUUCACCUGAGCAAGUAGCUGACUUAGUGAAACGUUUCAGAGAUGCCUUUUGGCCCAAUGGCAUCUUAGCAGAGACUGUUCCAUGCAGAGAUAAAGCUAUUCGAAUGAGAACAAGAGUUGCAGGAAAAACUAAAUUACUUUCAAUUAUGCCAGAUGAACUGAAGCACAUUAUUGGGGCUGAGACAACACGGAAAGGUAUUCUUCGUGUUUUUGAAAUGUUUCAGCACAACCAGUUAAAUAGAAGAAUGGUUUAUGUCUUCUUGGAGGGCUUUUUGGAAACUUUAUUUCCCCAGUAUAAAUUCCGUGACCUUUUCAACAAACUGCACUCACGGUCAAAGCAGAUACAGAAGUAUAAACAGAAACUGCAAACUACUCCAGCGCCUUCUUCACAGAAAAGGUGACACUCCAAUCUGCGAAGCUCGUAUUCAUUUUGUCCAGGACUAGUAUGGACAGAUCUUCUGGGGCUGAACACGUACUGUUGUGUGCACCAGUCUUUUAGUGUCUCACAAUAGAUUAUCAAUAUAUGAGACUGUGGUUUUUCUCAUCCUCGUCUAUAAUCCAGCCAUUACCAAGAGAGAUUUCCAUGUCUUAAAUGAUUUGGUGCAUAUUUUUGCAACAUUGAGUGAAUACUGCCCCUUUCUUGAGCAAGAAUGAUGUUGGUCUCUUCAUUUCAAACUAAUCAGCAUUCUCCAGCAGUGACAAAGUGCCAGAAUGUAUAUAUGAGAGCUAAGGGAAGCACAAAACAAUGGUUCACAGAUAAGUUGGCUAAUUUAACAGUGGGGGACUGUGCAAUAUAUGGUUUUUGGAGGGGCUUUUUUUGUAUAAUGAUUUUAUAGGUCUUUGUCAGAAUUUUGAUAUAGUGUGGAUUAGUCAGGUAAAUGAUCUUCGGAACAUCUGUUUCAGGUCUGGAGAAAGUGGCAGAAUGCCCUUAAAGUAUGAAGUAAUCUUAUACCCAAGUUAUAGUUUUUUGACAUUAAAAAAACCUAGUAUAUAACAAACCAAUGAAAGAAUUUGAUUGUAUUUGUUAUUCAUUGGUAUUAAACAAAUUUUAAUUGUUUCUUACAUGCUUUAAGGGCUCUUUUUUGCUCUUAAUGGUACUCAAUCAUAAGUUCUCUUGGCAUUCUGUGUACAAAGAAGCAUAUGGUGGCUCUCACUUAAGUUUCCAAAUUAUUAGUUUUAGUUAUCUUUAAGAGAUUACUGAUUAUACAGUGAGGAAUAUAAUUUAUUAAAAGAACUGCCAAACACAUUCUGUCCUUCUGAAAAUAUGACAAUAUUUUAAAAAGUACUCUUGAAAGUUACCAUAUGAUCAUUUUAAAUUGUGUGAUCUAGACAUAAUUUAGGUGAUUGCAAAUAUAGCAAAUCAAAGGAUUAAAUGAGUUUAUUAGUCAUAUGUCAUAUGUAAACAUACAAAUCCCUAAUUCUAUUAGUGUAUGUAUGUGAAAAUAAAUAAUGAAAACAGAACUAUAAUAUUUUUUUAAAUAUGCUUUUAUUUAUAUUUUGCAUAAUGUAAAAUUCUACUAAAUAAAGCAAGUUGGCAAAACCCCUCAGUGUAUACAUUUAAGUCCCUAAAAUAAUUUUUAUACCAACAACAGCAAAUUACCUUUUCCAGUUUUGGAGACUCUGCAUUUCUUACAGUGUUGUCAUUCUCCAUGUCCAUCUUGGAAGUCUUCAUGUCCCUUAUAUGCAGGGUUUCUGCAUGGUUUUAAAUACUUCCACUGAAGGGUAUGGGUAUGUUAGUGCUUUUUUGUUUUAAAAAUAUUUAACACUAAAACCUUAAAAUAGUGAAGCUACUUAACAGACCACUGAGCCAAGAUCCUGGUUUUAGAAGAACAGCCAGGUGCUAAGAUAAAGGGACACAGUAUUGGUAUCCCAGUUAUUUGGGAGCUUUAAGAUUGGAACAAGAUAUUAACAUCUUGUUUUUCACUGAUAGUCUACUUAAAAAGUGAAGCCUAAUAACAGAAUAAAGCCUUCCUUUAAAGCUGUAUAAUAAUAAUCAUUUAUUUAAAAUGCUGUUGUGCAUACUUAUGGUAUGCAUAUGUUCAGCAUGUGUUGCAUGUCUCCAGAAUUACAUAAAUGAAAUCCCUUUCACUGCAACUUGCAGAUGAGAAAAGAUCUUCACUGAUGGGUGGAAAAAAGUGUUUCUUCUCGUCAGUGUGUCUCCCUGCCUUGGUCCCUCCUAUGCCCCAGGCUUUAAAGGUGAGGAUAUGUAAGGUAUGUCUGUAGGAAGCAUCAGCAUGGCGUAAGUGCAAUGACUUUCAGAUUUACCCCUGCCCACUUCCAGUAUAUUUGUGACAUAAAUAAAUCUAAGAGUAAACAGAAUUCGAGUAAGAGCCUAGUGUGUAUAUGUGAAGAAGCAUUUUUAGAUAAUGUAAGGCUGGCUAUCAACCAGGGAAAGAAAGCAGGACUGCAAAUCUGCUUUAUAGAGCCCUGCAAGAUAUUGUAAUCAUACCAAAAACUGUUUGAGUAAAUGGAUUUUUAAAAUAAUUUUUGUUUCUAGAGUUUAUAUUUCAAAAGCAGAAACGUCAGAUGGUAGUCUCUGUAAAUGGUUGUGCAUCUUCUCUGUGCACAUCUGUGUUUUACAUCAGAGAGUGUGGUCAUGCUAAAGUUGGAGAUACUUUUUGAAUGACUUGGUCAGGCUGUGUGUAAAAUAUUUAACCCCUAAGUCAAGUACAGUGUACUAUGUUUAAUAAAGUUACUACAUUUAAUGCAUUUAUUGCAUAUAUGAAUAUAUAUAUAUAUAUAUAUGAAGAGGCUCUAUGUCUUCUGAUCAUUGAUUUUUGAAUGCAUUUUUAAGUCUGGUGCCUUUAGGCAAGAACCUUCGAAAUUAUUCUUUGGGUUUUUUCUGAUUUUUAACAUACGAACUAUUCACUACUAAGAGUUCAUUCAUCUAAAAUAUUGGUUGUAUGAUUUAAUAAAGCACUUAGAUGGACAUUUCCUACAAUUAGGGUAUUCUGAAUAGUUGCUGAAAACAAUUGUGCCAUUGACCAAUGGAUGCACUUGGUUAGCCUUAAUUUUUAAAAAAAAAAAACAUAAAAAACUUUCUUGAAUAUUUCAUUUCACUCAUUUUAAGUUUGUGCUGCUGGUGUUUGGAAAAAAAGUCAAGCAGUUAAAGUGCUACCAGAAAGUGUACCAAUUUUUUAAAAAUUAAGAACAAUACAAAUUUCACAAUCCAAAAUUUUAAUUUUGUGCAAUAUUUUUGGUUAGUGCAUGUGUAUUUGAGUAAUUGUAAAAUAAAUGAAUUUUUAAUGUUUUGAGGUCUAGUUUAAAUUGUCUUUUAACCCAACAACUUACAUUCCGUUGUUGCUGCAUAUCCUUUUAUUUAAGGACUUGUUUUAAAAGUCUUUUUUGUCAUUUCUUGUAAAAUUCUUCUGUUAUUAGUACAUUUUGCUUAUAGGAGUAUUGCUCCUGUAUCACAAGGGAAAAAUAUAAAGAGCACAUUUUAGGAUUAUAAUUGUUAAAAGAUAACUUGUGCAUAUCAUUCAUUGUACAGUAAGUGUCAACUGUGUGCCUAACUAUUCUAUCACUACUUUCCUUCUUUAACAAAGAAGAAACAACAAUCAGAAUGUCAGUUAUUUUUAUUGAAAUAGAAAGAAAAAUUAAAUUUUUAUUUGGUUUGUGUUAUAUUCUGUCCAUUAGAAGAUACUAAUAAAGUAUUAACAAAA